ACAUAGAGAUCGCGUUGCUCGACAUUGACGGUCGUGAGGUGGCACAAACUCUCUUGACUUUCAUAUUACGUAAGCACCACAACGUUCAUCUGAUCAAAAAACACUGUACCUUUUUGGCCUUUACACUGUCAUGGAUUCAUCUAAUACAAAGGAUACUGAGAAGACUUGCGUACUUUGCUGCCAAGAUGUCGAUAUAUUUGCUUUGGGAAAAUGCGACCACCCGGUCUGCUACCGCUGCUCUACCAAGAUGCGGGUGUUGUGCGAUCAGAAGUACUGCGCCGUCUGCCGGGAAGAGCUCGACAAGGUGGUGUUUGUGAAUCGACUGGCAGCCUUCUCCACCCUGCCCUUCCAACAGUUUCACUGUGAGCAGAGCCAUGAUAUCUACUUCGGCGAUGCCCAGAUCCACACCCAGUUCAGGAGGCUUCUCCUGCCAGAGUGCCCACACUGCCCGGAGCCAAAGGUCUUCCCGCGGUUGGAGGAGCUGGAGCAGCACAUCAGGAAACAGCAUGAGCUCUUCUGCUGCAAGCUCUGCACCAAACACCUCAAGAUCUUCUCCCAUGAGCGGAAGUGGUACAACCGCAAGGAGCUGGCGAGGCAUCGUGCGCACGGCGACCCUGAUGACACCAGCCACCGCGGCCACCCGCUCUGCAAGUUCUGCGAUGACCGCUACCUCGACAACGACGAGUUGCUCAAGCACCUGCGGCGCGACCACUACUUCUGCCACUUCUGCGACGCGGACGGCGCGCAGGAGUACUACUGCGACUACCAGUACCUGAGCGAGCACUUCCGCGAGAGCCACUACCUGUGCGAGGAGGGCCGCUGUGCCACGGAGCAGUUCACGCACGCCUUCCGCUCGGAGAUCGACUACAAGGCACACAAGGCCUCGGCGCACAGCAAGAACCGCGCCGAAGCCAGGCAGAACCGGCAGAUCGACCUGCAGUUCACCUACGCCCCGAGGUUGCAGCGGAGGAACGACGGUAUGUUGACAGGGGAGGACUAUGAAGAGGCACGGCAAAGUCGUGGAGGAGGACGAGGAGGAGGAGGAGGAGGAGGAGGAGGCGGUGGCGGUGGAGGAGGGCGGCCUUAUGGCGGGCAGCAGAAGAGUUGGAGAUACAACCGGGAGGAGGAGGAGCGGGACAUUGCAGCCGCAAUGAGGGCCUCCAUGGCGGUGCGGCGGCCGGAGGAUAGGGGCCCUCCUGCCCAAGACCGCGGCCCCCCGCAGAGACAACGCAACGAUGAGAGGAUGGACAGGAUGGAUCGAACUGAGAGGAUGGAGAGGCCGGAGAGAAUGGACAGGACUGAGAGGAAGGAGAGAAUGGAUAGGCCAGAGAGAAUGGACAGGACUGACCGGAUAGAUAGGCCAGAGAGAAUGGACAGGACUGACCGGAUAGAUAGGCCAGAGCGGAAGGAAAGGAUGGACAGGACUGACCGAAUGGACAGGACUGAGAGAAUGGAUAGGCCAGAGAGAAUGGACAGGCCAGAGCGAAUGGACAGGCCAGAGAGAAUGGAUAGGCCUGAGAGAAUGGACAGGCCUGAGAGAAUGGAUAGGCCAGAGAGAAUGGACAGGCCAGAGCGAAUGGACAGGCCAGAGAGAAUGGAUAGGCCAGAGCGAAUUGACCGGACAGAGAGGAAAGACCGGACUGAGCGAAUGGAUGCAGAUGAGCUCAGACACAGAGCCGGGGCGAUCAAAAAUAACCCAGAACCUCCAGUGAGAACCAUGAAGAGUAAAAAUCCAUUUGGGGAGGAUGAUGAUUUCCCAGUGUUGGGGGUGCCAGUUUCCACACCCAUACCAAGCUCCAAGCCAGCCCCUGUCACGGCCCCCCGCGGGCCCCUGAUGGAGGACGACUUCCCCACCCUCUCGGGCGCCCCCCCUCGCGGGACCCUGAAGCAGGACGAUUUCCCCAGGCUCUCGGCGGGCCCCCCCCGCGGGCCCCUGAAAGAGGACGACUUCCCCAGCCUCUCUGCUGCCACCUCGGUGGUAACGUCCCCCAUGACCCCGGCCUACACGGCCCCGCCGAGAAACUCCUCCUCCUUCCAGGAAGAUGAUUUUCCCGCCCUGGUGUCAAAGCUCCGCCUCCAGAAGCCUAGCGGCGGCUCUGCCUCCGCCUGGUCGUCCCACGGCAAGCCUGUGCCCCCCACCCGAGCCAAUCACGGCCCCCCACCUCCAGAAGCCUUCCCUGCGCCUGCUCCCCCCGCCGGGCUCCAGCCCCUCUCCUCCUCCUCCUCUUCCUCUGCGUCCGUGGCGAUGUCCUCGCGGAGGAAAAAGCGAGGGGGGGAGACUGCCCGGCCCGCUGCCGCGCCCCAGCGCUCCUCUUCCGACGAAGAGGACGGCGGGCUCACUCAGCGGGAGUUCCGCACCGUGCCCACCAUGUUGGACAUAUCCUCGCUGCUUACCGUCAAGAGCGGGGGCGGCGUUGGCGGCGGCGGCGUUGGCACCAGCAUUAGCGCCGGUGUCGGCGGGAGACCUCAGGCGCCGCCCGCCACCGACUCCUCAGACGCAAUCCCCGGCCUCGCAGCCCCCAAAGCCGGCAAGAAGAAGAAAACGCAACAGCAGCAACCCCAACCGCAGCCGCAGCAGAAGAACACUAACCUUCCCGCCACGCCGUCCAAGACGGCCACUUCAGCGACGAAGACGAAGGCCAAGGCGACGGUAGCGCAGAAGGAGAACGUCCCCGAGAAGAGCAAGAACAAAGCGGCGCCCGCCCCAGCGGCGACCGUCACCGCAGCGCGGACGGGAACCCCGAGCCAACUGACCAACGGGUACGCGGAGACGGCGUUCACGCCGGCAACCAAGAAGGCGAGCGCCUCCCCAGCCGUGACCCCACACCCCUUCCCAGAACCGCCUCCGGCAGACGAGGAAGAUUUUCCUGCCCUCGUCACCAGGAAACCCCCGCCAGGAUUCAAGAGCUCCUUCCCGCUGAAGGCUACGGCGCCCCUGGCCGCAGCCCCCCCCUCCCCUGUCGUGCCCCCCCUCCCUCCCCCGGGCCUGGCCGGCGGCCCCAGCAAGUCCCCGCCGCCGGGCUUCACCGGCAUCCCCCUCAACAGCAACGUGGUGGAGCCGGCCCCCCCGCCCCCCCAUCGGCCGGCCCAGCUGCUUGACAGCUACAUGGUACCGGAGAACUUCCAGCAGAGGAACCUGGAGCUGAUCCAGUCCAUAAGGAACUACCUCCACAAUGACGAGUCCCACUUCAACCAGUUCAAGAACUUCUCGGGACAGUUCCGACAGGGUGUGAUGUCUGCCGCCCAGUACUACCGCAGCUGCAAGGAGCUGCUGGGGGACAACUUCCAGCGCAUCUUCAAUGAGCUGCUGGUGCUGCUGCCGGACACGUCCCGACAGCAGGAGCUGUUGGCCGCGCACGGGGACUCCAGGGCUCUGGAGAAGCAGUCCACGGGAGGAGGAGGUGGCGUGGGUAAGAAGAACAAGAGCAAGCGCAACGCGUGGCAGGCACCGCCCACCGCCAACGGCGACACGGCCAUGCUAGCCGAGCUGGACUGCCGGGUGUGCCCCACCUGCCGACAGGUGCUGGCGCCCAAGGACUUCAACUCCCACAAGACCUUGCACCUGGGCGAGAGCGAGGACUUCCCCUCUCUGCAGUCAAUCAGCCGCAUCAUCAGCUAGCGCCCCCCCCCCCCCCCCCCCCCCCUUCCCAUCUCCCUUGGCGCCCUCCUGUCCUCUCCUAUGGCUGCGACCCCAACCCCCACAUACCCUCCACCCCUCCAACAGCAGGCUUGCGGAGCGUGGAGAAAGAGCUUGAGUCGGGGGUGACGACGUUUAAAGGCAGGAUCUGUUUCAGGUCUGUGCCCGGACUGACGGGACCGAAGGAUGGAAGGGUUGCCCGAUCUCUGGCAUGAAACAACAAGCAUCUUUUGCAAUGGAGAUGCUUAACAGACACAUCUUUUAGGCGGUACGCCUGCUCAGCACUCAAGAGAAACAACACACGCCUAAACGAAGGCUUACUUGAAGAGCUCACUAGAAUGCUCCUACAAUUUCAUCCCUGUAAAAUGCUUUAACUUGGCUUUCUUACCACACCUGUUUUCUACAACUAAAAAUAAGGAGAGUAAGCAAAUAAUAACGGUAGUUGCAGAAACGGAAGUAGCAGUUUGAAGUGACAAAGAAGGUAUAACUUUGUAACUUGUAUGGGCAACAUUUAAGGGGUGGUCCAAGAGAAGUAGUUUAUUCCUUGGUAUGUUCUCAAGCUUGGGGCACAGGGACACCACUGUUUGAGGUCCUCUCAUUCCCUAGUCCAAAGCAUUACCCCCAUCUCCCCGUCAGAUAUUGACGGUUGGUUAAUUUAUAUCGGAUAUUAGAUUGGUUUUCCCGCUUUAACGGUUGUCUUGUUCCCCUGAGCCUACGUUUUGCUGCUUUUAUUUUUGCUCAGGCUUCAAAUUAGAAACCCCAGGUGGGGGUGCGGGGGGGGAGUCAAUAAAUGUUCUUCCCUAAACCAAUUAAAAGCGUUUUCCCGCCAGCUCUCCCCUGCAUGUCUCCGCCUGUUGUAUUCUCACUGUCCUCCUCAGGGGUCUGUCACUCACUACACAUACUGUCUGUACAGGAAGUUAGGAAAUAAUACUUGUAUGCAAAAACGAAUUCCUCGUACAUUUUCAGCGAUUUUCUAUGACCAAUGAAUGGGAUGGGUUCUGAUUAUUUAACUAACUUCCCAAACAUCAUUAUGUGGGAUGUAGAUCUUUUUUUUCUAUGAACAAUAAAUUAAAACUUGCCGAGAUCGCUUUCAACCACUGACCUUGUUCUCUUUUUUAAUUUAUCCUACAAUGAUUUUGUUCAAAGUAAAACAAAGCAAAUUUAUUAUUACGAUAAUAAAACAGUAUCUUACUUUGAAAUAUUAAUGUGAAAUCCUAAUUUCUGGUGAUUCUCCACAGCUUUCACCUUCUUAGGAAUAAUACCUGUAGGAAUACGGGAAUGUGAGGGGUGUCUUGGCUUUUGUCAUUUUUUUCAGUGUUCAGUUGGAUUGGAACCAGACAUCAAGUAACCAUUCAUUUUAUAUGAUUUUUUUAUUUUGACUGUAUUGAGGUGACCCACAGUAACAUCUCUGUUCACAGCUUCUAUACAUUUAGGAAGUCAAACAUCUUUCUUUUCAGAGCGAGGAAAACAAAUCAUUCAAAAUAAAUAUUUAUAUUUCACAUAGCACAAUUUUUAAACGGGUUGCGCACACAAUUGACCAAAAUCAACAUUUAUCAGUUGUUGAUAUGCCAAUAUUCCACGCUGGUUAGUUGUCUUCAUCCCCAAGACAAUUAACCUGUGUAUUUGGGCUUUAUGAGCACACUGAACGUCCUAAUCAGGAAAAAGUGAUGAUUUCCCAGCACACCCAUUGCGCCAAGUAUCAACACCGCUAGCAUUAGGCUACUAGAACAUGACAGACCACACCCCUUGGCAGCGUCUCUCUCUCUCUCACACACACACGCACACAAUCCAUUAUGUUCAAUAAAGUACUGAGCUUUUAUUGUUUUUUGUGUAGUUUUUUUUUUUAACAAUCAAACCAAUACCACAGUAGUGUACAUGGGCCUAGGACCAGAGCACAAAACACAGAAUGCUUUCUAUUACUCAUAUUAUCAUUAUUAUUUUUCUUGAAUCUAACACACAGACUAAAUAAGAGCGCGCGAACCACGGAGUACAGUAAUGACGAACCAGCAUAACCCGACCCACCAUAAGAGUCCCGGCUAAACAGAAGCCCAGUGCAGGGUAACUACAUGAUGAUGACCCCCUGCUUCUUGUUUUGUACCCCAGAUCUGAGCAACACUGCGACCCCAAACCUGAAUCACACAAUUCGAUCAGUGAACCCUGCUGAUUCGGUUACAGUUAGUUACAAUAGGAUUUGGAUUAUGUCGAUAUUUUCUCAUGCUUUGGGUAGCAUUUAAGAUGCCUGAUCCGGUCGGUUUAAAGUGUGUCUACUGGUUGAGAUAUGUAGACACGGGCCCGAGUGAACAUUGAGGCAAAGCUUGACACCAUUGGUAUAGCGAUGAAGUCAGUCAUCUACACACUAUGAUAAAUAAAACCUCGAGGGCAGGGUUUCACCCAAUGGUGAUGGGUUAUAGACUUUCGAGGCAGCUGGACUCGGAAUCACGAACACAGGAGAAUCCAUGUUAUCGGGAUUCAAGUAGUGUGCGCUUGUGGCCGUACAAUAUCCUGACCAAUACCCUACGAGGAACUACGUGAGCUACCUUAUAGAUGGUGAUAAACUGAUGGUUCAUCCAAGUAUUUUUUGAGAGUUCCUUUCUUUUUCUAAUGUUUCCAAAGACCUCACAGAUGGUUCCGUUUACUACCUGGCAGGUAAGGUUAGAUGGGUAAGGCGAAAAAAUAAAAAAUAAUAAUUAGUUGUUAAGGACAGUGCAAUGCUGCCACACAUUUCAAAUUGUAUAUUGCCUACAAAGUUCUAAAAAAUAAUGCAUAACGUUGGUAGAAAAUAGAAUAAAACCUAAAAGACACUGGAAUCAACUUAAGAAUGAUACAUAAUUGUUCAACAUGUAACGAGUGCAAUACGAUAAUUACAUGCAUUAGCGUAUUCAACAUUAGGGCAUCAUCAAAAUCGGCACGUACCCUUACUGCAAUACACUUUCUCACCGACUGGAGCCAAUGUUUACUAGGAAAUCGGAUAGAAGGGCAUAGCGUACGGUUUUAAUUGAUAAUUCGUUUUAUGUAAGAAAAAAAUAAAGAAAAGAAUCUCUCCAAUAUGUUUAAGUCACUCUGAUUUUCUAAAAAGUCACACCAGUUAAAUUAUAGCUCUUCAAUAAAAAAAAAAAAACUCGCUAGAUGUAUGUUUUGGAAAACCUGUUCCAGAAAAUAACCCAUUACACUUUUAUUAUACUUACAUCUUUCUUGAAAUAAUCAUUUUAAAGCACUUUGAAAUUCACACAAACAUGCUGACUUUCAUACCUUUAUAAGACACACACACACACACACACACACACACACACACAUACGCACGCACGCACGUACACACACGCACACACGCGUUCAGUCAUACACAAAUGCGCAUAACAAAACCAAACAAAUUCACCAACAUUAAACCACAACACAGAGACGUCGCUAUACAUUGACAUAGUUGUCAUGGUUCCUAUCUACAUCGGCGGCCGCAACCCUGCUUUAACCCAAUGACUACGUCUUCCACCUAACCUCGAUUCGUAAUAGACGAGAGCCUGGAGGAAGACCCUUACAAUGUCGGCAGGCCAAUCACAAGACCGGGGCUGCGCUUGAGCUGUGUUUAGGCGGACUGGUUUUAACACGAGUCGAAGGGCGGAACGGGGAGCUAAUCCGAAUGCAAACGCGAGGGAGGGAGCUUGACUGCUAAAAGCAAUGCAGUGGGGACUCAGAAUUAUGGUCUUCAACCAACCAUUACCAUCCAGAGCAUAAUCUUUGACUUUGCUGUUUCUUGAACAGUGAAAUACAGUCCAGGAAAACAUUUAAACAUGCCGAAUGCUGAUUAUAUGUAGUAAUGUCCGUCCGUCCCGUCCCCCGUCCCCCACACACACACACAAACAUAGCCCUCUUGUCCGUUGUUUCUGUGAGCGCAUAAAUGUGGUUCGACACAAGUCGUCCACUAGGUGGCACUAAAUCGCAACCCUCGGGUUGAUAGCGAGCGAACACUGGGCAGUUUGGCAGCUUCUGCAAAGUAAACAUAAAUACAUAUCUCAUCCACAUAACCCCUCGUUGAUAAUCCCUCGUUCUCAAGACUACCACUAUCCAGGUCAUUGUCUCAAAUAACAAGCUAUCUAUAUUUUUUUUAUAGAUUUCCCUGCCGUAGGCUAUAGAUUAAACGUUAUCAUCUUAAUGUAUUGUGUGGGGUCAUCUUUAUUUGUUUAUCGUUACUGGGAUAUGUCACUUUGAUUCAUGUUUGGUUGCUGUAACUUCCUAGGCCUACCUCCAUUUUUAUACCUAGACUGCACCUCGAAAGCCUUACUUUUGGUAUUAUAUAUUCAAUUCAUCUAUCCCUCUAGGAAAUCGAUUGAAUCGUGUGAUUGGUGAUAGAUCAUACGCCACACCAAAUGCAUUGAUUGUUAUUUGAGACAUUGUCAGCUACAUAUUAUAACCUACACACACCUACAUACAUGUCUACAGCAUGUGAGAUAUUGCACUUGGUCACAAGACAGUCGGUGAUGUCGUUGAUGUGUUAUUCUACAGCAUGGUGAGAUCUAUCGCUUAAAAGUCAGAAUCUUUUAAAUACGGCAGAGUAUGGCAAUGACUUUGUCUCUAAGUUCAAUAACACAUCGAUUUUUUACGUUCAUUUCUAACGUUAUUUCUGUUGAUAUUUGCUGAAGUUGCUCAUCUGUUGAUUUACAGGCAUUUCCCAUAUCCAAUGUGUCUGCUGUUCUGAAUGUUGAAAGGCUGUUUAUAUAUUAUGGCCCAUAUACUUUGCCGAGCAACCUGUGCACUUCAAUAGAUCGAAAAAACGAUAAUCCUAUGAACACGUUGGCCACUAGAGAGCACUAUCACACAGCCCCUACAACAACAGCCCCAGAUCAACAGAUGAACAACCUUGAUAUAACAAUGACACCGCACAGAGCAACACAAACAUCCACAUCCGCUCCCACCUCACCCCCCUAGAUCAGUGUUUCCCAACCUUUUCGGGCCUAUCAUCUUGGUUUUUUGGUCUUGCAAAAACUCCUGCAUCACCAAAUCGCAUCUCCUUCCCCACACAUCAUUUGAAACCCCAACGGCAGGUCAUUGUCUUCAUUAUUUUUU